AUUCAUUCCCUCAAGACUGAAGGAGGUUCCGAGAAAGCAAGAAAGCAAGAUCCACCAAGGCGACAAGAGCGACAAGUUAGCACGAUUGUUGGCGACGACCUCUUCUUCUCCACUCGAGCAGCCAGCCAAAUCCCAUUACAGACAACUAUAACAAACCCAAGCAAAGGACCCACACCAAGACACAAGAGAUUUGAAAGACAAUGGCGAACAAUAAUUCGGAGUUCAAAGUGCCCUCCCUGUUCGCAGGCCCAACGACUACCACCACCAACAACCAAACGAACAGGACGGCGUAUCCGCCAACGACUUCAGCUACUGCAGCUACUUACACGCCCUCGACAACAGCCAGUGGUUAUACUCCUUCGGCAGCUGCAAGGGGGUACAAUCCAUCUGCAGCUGCAAACGGCCACACUCCGUCGGCAGCAGCCGUGGGAUACCCUUCAGGCGGAUCUUCUUCUAAAUAUACACCUUCACAGGCAGCAAGUGGCGGUUACAAUGCUGCCGGAUCCAAAAGCACAUAUGUUCCUUCUGCUGCUGCCAUGAGCUACACACCAUCGGCUGCAGCCACAAACUAUAGUUCAGCUGGUGCUGGUACAGGCCAGAAUGGCGCAAGAAACACUACUACCGGUACUACUACGGGGUAUGUUCCAUCUGCUGCAGCCAUGGGAUAUACUCCCUCCACUGCCGCCAAUGGAGCAGGUAAGAGUGGUGGUACUAGCAACACUGGGGGAUACGUUCCUUCUGCAGCAGCUAUGAGCUACACCCCAUCGGCUGCGGCUACGAGCUACACUCCAUCGGCGAGCAGUGCAGGCCAGAAUGGCGCUGGGGGGUAUGUUCCUUCUGCUUCAGCUAUGACAUAUACACCAUCAACUGCUGCUAUGAGCUACACUCCAUCAGCUGCUGCCAGUGCCUCAGGUCAAAAUGGGGGAUAUGUUCCGUCUGCUACAGCCAUGAGCUACACUCCAUCAGCAGCUGCGACAACCUACACUCCAUCAGCUACAGCCAUGAGCUACACUCCUUCAGCUCCUGCUAAAACCUACACUCCAUCAGCAACUGCUUCAAGUUACACUCCAUCAACUGCCGCGAUGGCCAGUGUUCCCUCGAUAUUCUCGGCUCCACCCCCAGCACCGCCUUCCAAUCCACCCAAACCCAACCACAGCGUGACUCAAUCAGCUCCGUAUGCACAGCUACCACCUCCGCAACAGCAACAGCCGCAGUACCAACAACCGCCACAGCAGUCCCAUGCGCCACCACAGCAUCAGCCACAACAACAACAACAACAUCGACCAGAAGGCGUCAUGAACGAACAGCAACGACUAGAGUUUGAGGCCAACCAACCAGAAGCGCUCAAGCACGCCGAUAUUUGGAUGAUCUCGGGAUGCGAAGAUCGACAAACCAGUGCCGAUAUUUCCAAUGUCAAUUCGUUCCAGCUCCCCGAUCCUCACGGGCGUGCCGGUGGAGCAUGCACAGCGGCGCUCCUCAAUGUCCUCUACGAGAAUGACAAUCAGAAUCGACAAUACUCAUUCAUGGAUGUCAUGAAGAAGAUGCGAUCCAUGAUUAAAAGCAAGAAAUUGACGCAAAUUCCACAAUUGUCUUCCACCCAUCCCAUUGACAUGAAUCGCAAGUUCGAAAUGGUCCCCGAAGGCCUCACGGGGACACGACGCGCCGUCAUUAUUGGCAUUAAUUACACGGGACAACAGGGCGCGCUGCGGGGUUGUCACAACGAUGCGUUUAAUAUGAAAAAGUACAUUCAGCAGCGACAUGGGUUUCAAGAACAGCACAUGACAUUGCUCAUUGACGACGGCAAUCACUCGAAACCUACCAAAGCCAAUAUUUUGGCAGCGUACAAACAAGUCGUGGCCGAGAGUCGUCCUGGCGAUGCCAUCUUUUUGCAUUACAGUGGUCACGGUACCAAAGUCAAGGAUUUGAAUGGCGACGAAGCCGAUGGAUACGACGAAGCACUGGUGCCAUUGGAUUUCAAAAAAGCCGGUCAAAUCAUUGACGAUGAUCUCUACACGAUUAUCGUGGGAGGCUUGCCUCGUGGCGUGCAUGUGGUGUCGGUAAUGGAUUGCUGUCAUUCCGGUACCAUUCUGGACUUGCCGUAUAUCUUCAAGGCGAAUGGCGAAUUCAGUCAAAUGGAGAUUGAUGAGGGCUACAAUGAGAAGAAGGGUUUCUCCUUUUUUGGCGGCGACACGGGGAAAAUGCUCGGUGCUGCUGUGGUCGGCGGCAUACUUGGAGGACUGCUUUUUUAGCUGGCAAAGUUGAUGCUUCCGAAGGGUGCAACCGUAGAGUUAGGCGAACUUUUAGAAAUCAAUAUUUAAAUACAGCGUACUAGUAUACAACAGUAGGAUUU